GGCUAAUUCAUUAAAAAAAUAAAGAAUGGUUCUUUUAGGUGAUUAUACUAUACUUUUAUAAUGAUUAAUUAGCUUUAAGAUUUUGAAUUAAUGAAUAGUGACAGAAACCUAGCCCAUUUAAAAUAAUUAAGUCAAUUUGCAUCUUAUGAUUUUGAAUUAUUUAAGACAUAAAAGGCUUUAGUAUCAUUUCCUUUCUGAUUCACAGAGAGAAAUAGUUGAUUACAAUUAGAAUCAUAAAAAAAAAGAAAGCAAUAUCAAAAAGGUUUGAAUAUAAAGGAAAUAGAUUUGGGAAUCAAAAAAGAAGUUCAUAAUUGAAAUCCAUUGAAUAGAAAGAGUUUCAUUUAGUAAUAAAUAUUAUGAUAAUUAUUUUCAAAUAGUAGAAAUAUGGGGGAUAACAAAAAUAAAACUUAAAUUAAAG